AUGGCAACACUGACCCGUUUGUGGAGUCCUGACCCGACGCCGAUACCACCUGUCGUCAAUGCGUCCACCUCUCACGGAAACGAGACCGGGACGUUUAACUCGAACCAGUAUUCCCGAUGGUAUGAACCCCAGACAAUGAUAGCGCAAUGGGUGGCAUUUCCAGAGAGUUUCAACACGGCCCCGAACGUUGUGCUAGGCUUGCAGUUUAUCAAUGUCAAAAGAGGAUCAAGCACAGGCGGACUAUCCGUGUACGCUGACGGCACGAACGAAGGGUUUUUGAUGACUCUUGAUGCAGUCGCAGACUCUCAACUAUACACCGCCAUCUGUACCUGGAUUGCUGUUCCGCCUUAUAUCGCGGUCAACACGACUCAUUAUCAGGUUGGUCAUUGGAGUACCUUGGAGCAUCAUUCAAGGCAACCAUUGCAAGCGGCCACGUCAUCCCGCAUCAACUUUAGUUACAAAUGCGACGUCGCUCCAAAAGUGGUCGUCUGGAUCGAUGGAUUUGAAAUGGCAAGUGAAAAAGACUGGCGCAUGAAGGUAUACGCAACACAGAUCGACCUCACGGGGUUCACGAUCCACAUCGACACCUGGAACGACACCGUCCUGUAUGUGGGCAACGCAUCUUGGGUGGCUUGGCCCGCGUCGACCCCCAACGUGGUGACUGGGGUCCUGAAACCCGCGCAUGUCCAUGACCUGGACGGAACGGGCUAUGCUAUCGGAGACAGGGUGCACGUUGAAUGGCCUGAGAGUGUCAAGACCGGACGCAUCCCCACCGUCUUGACCGGGUUUGGCUCGUUCGACCUCGCCCAUAACGACUGGAUGCGGUUCAGCGAGGUUGACGGGCAAACACCACCGCGGAUGGCAUGGACAGGCAGAUCAGCGGACACAAUUACGCCCGAUUUCGCGACGGGUCCGUGCCUUAUAUUGCUGCCUUUGUGUGACGGUCUGGGGUCCUGUACCAAGUACAAAUGGGUACCGUAG